AUGCUCCAAUACCCCACUGCAUCACUGUGCCAUCCACAGUCCACACCCUCUCUGCUCCUUGUGCACUCAAUGCCCGCGUUGCACUACGAGGUGUUGCGGGGGGCAGUGGGAACAGGGGCGCAUGUGCGGGAUGCAGCAGCGUAUGUGUUCUGGGCAUCGCCCACUCCUUCUCACCGGCCGUCGCUGCUGCCUCCCUGCAACAGCUUUGCCCUCCCCUCCUUGCCGUUGCGUGGUGUGACCGCCAGGUGGGCUGCUGUGACCGCCAGGUGGGCUGCUGUGACCGCCAGGGGGGCUGCUGUGACUGCCAGGUGGGCUGCUGUUACCGCCAGGUGGGCUGCUGUGACCACCAGCAGCAGCGGCCUUCCAGGAGGUGGUGGGUCGCUUUGGCUGCAUCUCCGACGCCCACCACCCGAGGCACACCCCAUGCCUCCACCAGAGGAGCUGGCCAAGGAGGUGAUGCAGUGGAGAGCGGUGCCAAGGAGGAGGAGCAGUGGGCGCCAGCAGGGGGGAUUGCCAUAUCCCGACCCCCCCUUUCGCCACGGAGCCCUUCUCGCCACUGCUGCCCUCCUGCCACCCCUCUCCGCAUCCUCUCCCUCCUGUGCCCUCACAGGCACCCUCUCCUCCCUCACCUCCUCUCUCCCGAGUCUCCUCGCCCCGCGCUCCUUCCGAGGGCGCCUAGCAGCAGAUCUCAAGGUGGCCUGCUGCCGCCUGCUCUCCGCGCUCGCUGCUGCACUGCCCCGCGCACACCUGCCGCCCCUGCCCGUGCCUGCUCUCACUGCUGCCACUGCGUGCCUGCAUGACAUGCUGGCUGGUGAUGGGGGCGAGCUCCAGGAGGCAGCAGCAGCAGCCCUGUGGGACCUCGCUCGCUCCCAGCUCUUCCCUGCCUGCACGCACCUCGUGCACCAGAUAGUCACCUGCCAUGCAGCGACUCUGGAGUCUACCAGCUCAGCAGCGAGGCAAGAGGACGGGGAGAGACAUGGGGGGACGGAGGGGAGAGGGGGUGAGGGAGGGGUGGAUAAGGGUGAGAUGUCAAGGUACGAGCUGGCAGAGCGGGUGGUGAAGGCGCUGUGUGCUGCUGCCACCAACAAUCGGGGGCGUCGUGCCGUGUCUGACGUGGCAGUGCGGGCAGCAGCCGUGGAGGCACUGGGUAAUGCAGCCAGCAUCAUUCCCCUCCUGCAGGCCGGCGGGGCAGGCGCAAGGGGGCACGCAGGGACAGGUGGGGGAGCCGGGACACAGGUGGGGGAGGGGGAGAAGGAGGAGGGGGAGAAGGAGGAGGUUGAGCUGAGAAGGCAGCGUGGUUUGGUAGGGCUUGGGUGGUGGGAGGAGGGGGGGGAGAGUGUGGUGGGUGCGUUGCUGCGAGCAGCACAGGACUACACGGAGGACCAGCGGGGCGAUGCGGGCCGCCUUGUGAGGGAAGCUUCUAUGAAAGCGCUGGUGGGAUGGGUGGGAGAAAUGUACAGGUUGAGAGAGGUGGGAGAAGGUGAUGUGGGGGAUGGAGGGGGUGCAGCAGAGGCGAGUCUCCCACAUGGCGUGCCAAGCCCUGCCCUGCCAACAACACACGACGCCUCUUCCCAGCAGCAGCGAUACAUUGGGAUGCGGGAGUGGUGCAGAGCGGUGGCAGGGCGGGUGGUGGGUGUGCUGAUGAAGCAGGCGGGGGAGAAGAUUGACGGCACACGUGAGGUGGCAGGGCAGGGGCUGCAGCGGCUGCUGUGGGGAGGGAAGCACGGUGCAGUGUUCGUGGGGAUGCGAGAGACAAGAGAGGAAGCAUGGACAGGAGAGGCAGUUGAGACAUGUGGAGCUGGUGGCAGCACGCUGGGGACAUCAGGUGGAGGCGAGGAGGGGAGGGAUGGAGGAGGUUCUGUGAGGCAAUGCGUGGGCGGCAGGGCGGAAGGGAGCGGUGUGUGCAGGGAUGUGGAUGGGUGGGAGCAGCUGAGGCAACAUGUGCCCUCUGACUCUCACUUUGCAUGGAAGGUACACCUUCUUCUCAUUCCGACCCACCUCUGGUCCUCCCGCAUUCACCUCCAUCAUUUCCCCUCCCUUCCCCCUCUUCCCUCCACACCCAGAAUCUCGCGGCUGUCUUUCCACGCCGCCCCACUGCUGCUGCUCCCCGCCUACCGCCUGCCACUGCUAUCGGGGCUGCUGCUCUCCGCGGGCGCUCUCUCUCACUCCCUCACCGCCGCCUCCCUGCGCGCCCUGCUCUCCCUCAAACAAGAACUGGGGGCACAGGGGGGCACGAGGGAGGCAGGAGAGGGGGGUAGGGGCAGGCAGUGGGAGGAGGUGCAGGGGCAGAUAGCAGAGGAUGUGGUGGUGCUGCUGAGGCGGCACCGCAAGCAGACCCGGGCGAUCGCUGCCCUGCUUCAGGCCGAGUUCUUCGGGUCACUAUCAGCUGACAGCCCAGCUUCAGACGAGCAUUGCCCUGCCCUCGCAGCCUAUUCCCGCCACCACCCCCCUGGCGGCUCUACCCGGGGCGCUGGUGGAGGGAUAGGAGGAGGAGCUGUGCCGCCCACAGCCCACGGCAUCGGUGCCCAAGGUGCUGGGAGCCGUCGACCUGCUCUGCCACCUCGCCGCCCCCCUCUGCUCCGCUCGCUGCCACGCCCUCUCCACGCUCCUCUGGCUGAUCGCCGUGCGCUUCCCCACUGUGAGUUCACCUCAUAG